GAGGGUGGGAACGGGCAGACGAUGUACAGAGAGGGUGGGAACGGGCAGACGAUGUACAGAGAGGGUGGGAACGGGCAGACGAUGUACAGAGAGGGUGGGAACGGGCAGACGAUGUACAGAGAGGGUGGGAACGGGCAGACGAUGUACAGAGAGGGUGGGAACGGGCAGACGAUGUACAGAGAGGUGGUGGAUUGGAUGGAGAGGAAUUAGGGUAAGCGGUACAGGUGCAGAGCGCUAUAUCUCCAUGUGCAACAAUGAAUUAUUUUUCACUGACAGACCAAUCAGAUGUCUGGGAUCAUAGGCACCAUAACUGCUUAAAAGAGACCAAGUGGUUAUGAUUUUAGAUCAAGACUCAGCACUCCAAAUGUUGGGGACUACGUUUCCCGUAAUACGGGCAAAGCAUCAGGGGAGAUGUAGUCCACAACAUCUGGAGAGCCGAGGGUUGCCUACCCCGUGACCUAGAGCAGUCAUAGGCAAUUGUGAUUCUAUCUUGUAUUUUUACAUUUUACUUAGUGUCCUCUUCCUGGUUUAAUAAUUGUAGGAAACACUCAACUUGACCCUUGUAACUUAAUGCAAUCUAGUCACUUUUUUUUUUUUUUUUUUACAGAAAUAUUUUUUCCCCAGCUGAGCUACCGUUUAUUUCCUUCUCUGUUCGUUCUACAUUUUUAAAAUUCUGUAAUCUGUGGUUGCAAACCAACUAAAGAAAAUGGAUGUAUAUAUUUGUGACAAUCUGUUUCCAUCAAGUGUGAGAUUAUUUAUCAGCUGUGUUUUGAUAAAGCCAUAUUCUCUAUUAAAGGGACACUACAGUCACCUGAACAACUAUAGCUUAAUGUAGUUGUUCUGCUGAGUAUUGCUAUUCCCUGCAGACAUUUUUAGGAACACCUCUGCAUGGAGACUGUAGCGGAGGCCUGGUAUUUCACAGGUUAAGAUCCCAUUGAGGCUCAGGAACAAGUGAUGAAAAAUCCCAUAAAGUAAUAAUUCCAGCAAGCAAGGUAAUCCACGAAUAUCCCCAUACAGAUCCCAAUGACUGGACGACACACAGCAUCAGGAGCAAAACUAACUUUUAAUCCACACAACCUCCUUUUAAGCAUUUCUCCCAUGCAAGGGAGGGAUUCUCAUUCAUUAGUACAGUACCCAAUGGAAUAUCAGUUACCUCCCACACACUCCUCCCCUUAGUAUGACACCUAAUCUCAUUAUACAUGUUAUAGUUUUCCUUAAGACCUGGAUGUACCCCAAGAUUAGCAGGUACACCAAUACCCUGGUAGCCCUGAUCUGGGUGACCAACAUAUCCAAAAUUCACCCAGAUCAGACCAGGGGUUCGGGAGUUAGGUGGAGGGUGCAAUUUGACCAACCGCACACGAGGUGGUAUCCGAAAAGGGUUCCAUGCGUUUUGGCCCUGCGGUCGGUCUCCGUUCGGGAGGUAAAAGACACAUAAAAACCUGCCAUCCACUAAUACAGUUAGGUUUGCAUGACUUCCCUCAUUCGGAACUAUAAACUCACCGAACGGGGGGCUGAUUCGUCUUCCCGUUCGUGAGUUAUGGAGCUCUGGAGGUACCAUUCGCUACAGAGACGUUUUGAUUUAAUGCAUCUCUAUGAGGAUAUGCUGAUUGGUGCACCCCACAUUUUGCUGCGCAUGUGUGAUUGCUUUUCAAUGGUAAAGCAUAGGAUUGACUGAGAUCGUAAAUUCUGUCAGACCCACACAAUGCUGAAAUAAAGGUACGUUUUAUACUUAUUUGAGGGGAGGACUAAAUAUUGAUUUUAACACUAUAGGGUCAGGAAUACACAUUUGUAUUCCUGACAAUAUAGUCCUUCCUUCAAAAGAAAACUUUUAAUUAUUACUCAUUUUCAGUUAUUUUAAUGAGCCGGUAUAUUGUACAGGUUGAUUAAAAGAUGUCCCAAGUGAUUUCUGUACUUUAAGGGAAUUUAUUAAAUAAACCGUGAACAAUUCCGAUUUAAAUCGCCAAAAUCAAGGAGCCGUCAAUGAGAUGUGCCUGCUGGUUUCUAUGGUGAUUGUCCCACUUUUAGUAGCUCAGACCACUUCUAACAACAGAAAACGUUAAUAUCUCUCCCUCCCCCAGUCAUAAAGAGGAACUAUGUGUUUUUUUUGUGUGACAGUUCCUAUGUCCUUCACAUGUCCGCAGUAAACACUAUAGAAGAGCUGUUUCAGGUUUGAUGCGCAGCUGAUAUAGUUUUAAAACACACUAGUUUCCAUUAUACUUCAAGGCAAUCAGCAGACUGUCCCAUUGAGGCACUCUACUCUUAAAAUGUGUGCAUGACAUAAUGUGUUUACAUAUGAUGUCAGGCAACAACUAAUUAGCUUUUGUUGGCUAUUAGAAUUCAUAGUCACGUGAAAUAUUUUCUGAGAUGGGGCAUUACUAAUCACUGCAUCUCACUUUGUGACUGAGUCUUUUCUCAGUUUCUGUAUUUUUUAGAUUGAGGAACAUUUUUUUCACUAGAACCUAACUUUUUUUUCCGUUAAAUGGACACUAUAGUCACCAGAACUACUACAGCUUAAUGUAUUGUAUUGUCAGACCCUGCAGGACUUUUAAUGUAAACACUGCCUUUUCAAACAAAAGGCAGUGUUUACAUUACAGCCUAGGGGCGCCUCAAGUGGCCACUCAGAUGGCUACUAGAGAUGCUUCCUGGGGAAGUGCUGCACACUGUGCAACACUGACAUUCAGUGUCUCCACCUCUGCGUGAAGACACUGGACUUCCUCAUAGAGAUGCAUUGAUUCAAUGCAUCUCUAUAAGGGGAUGCUGACAGGCCAGGCUGACAUUUGGCUCCCGUCCUCCCCCCUCCACAACUCGCUUCCUUGCCUGAGAUCAUCAGAAUUUACCAUCUCAGCCAGUCCAAUGCUUUCCUAUGUAAAGGCAGUGUUUACAGCAAAAGGCCUGCAGGGACUGACUAUACUAACCAGAAAAACUACAUUAAGCUGUAGUUGUUCUGGUGACUAGAGUGUCGCUUGAAAUUAACAAUUGUUAUUACAGACAGGGUUAUUCAGUAAAGUGCGAAUUCAAAGUAUAUGCUUUUAUGUUUAAAGUUCACUUUGAAUUUCGACCGUUUGUAAAGGGUUUGAAAAUUUGUGAUAAAAUUCCAAGAUACUUGAAAAUGUCCCAUUUUUAAAGUAUUAGUUACAACUAAACUUUCUAUAACUGCUAGAUGAAAACUACAUUACAUAACAUUGACCAGUUAAUAAUAUUGGUAUGAAUGGAAAUUUCUUGGCACUUUUAUAUUAACUCAUUCCUGUAUUUAACAAAUAUGUAUUUUGAGGUGUGCAAAAUUAAUUUAAGUCCACAUCUCUUUUUCUGUCAGCAAAGCUGACUGUUCUACUUAUCAUUUUUUCACCUCUGCUAUAAAUUUGGAAGCUGAUUCUUGAAUGGACUUUUCUGAAAACUUUUUAUUAAAUCAUUUUUAGAACAAUUUAAUAAUUAUGAACAGAUUGGAAACAAAAAACUAAGACAGCUUUUGGUUUGUUUUUUGUUUUUUUUUAAAUCACAUUUAAUCUUCUCCAAUGUUUUUAUUUGCUGUGCGCGCCCUGGCUUAUCCUUGUCUGAAUUGAAUGAUGAUGUAAUUUGCUAAAGCUGUAAUUUACAUUUUACAAGAAAACAGAGCAUCUCAUGAAAAAGUGUAAAAGAAGUUAUAGUGAUUUUUUACAGUUUUAUUAAAUGUUGCAAAUUCCAAAGAAGUGACACUUCCUUUUUAAAAUAAUUUACAGAAAGGCUAUUUUGUGUUUGUGUAAGAAUCUAAACUAAACUUACCCUCCUAUUAUAAUGCAUUUGGUAUUGAUCCUAAAUUAUUUUUCUUCCUAGGGUCAGAUCACUUACUUCACCAGAGUGGGACAAAUAUCCUGAUUUUGAUGGUGACUUGUUGCUAUAUCAGUAUUUUGUUGGGUUUGGCAGCAUUCCUGCUCGAUUUUGUGGAGACCAGAAACAAGAGAGUCCUGGGAACAAACAUUACACCCAUCCUUCAUUUUACUACAGGUAACCCUCUGUGAAAUGCUGUGUAUUACAAUUACCACUCAUUUAUUGAGGGACUGACAUUACCACAGGUAACCUUCGUGAGAGUGUUCUGCAUUGUACUGCUAGUAAGAUUAUAUAAGAUGAGUGCGUGUUACCAUGUGCGACUCUCUGAGCAGAACACAUUUUGACACAACUAACGCAACUGAAUGCGCUGCCUUUAACCAAUAGUAAGGCUUUCUGUGUGUGUUUCAGCUGUACUAGUCAUGGGGACUGGCUCCUUUAAUCACAUUCAGUGCUAGUAACAGGACCACUAAACAUUAACCCUUACACUGCACGAACACCAUUAUACUCUACCUUAACACGGAUAGUGAUACUCAAACCUAAAAAAUAUCAUCUAAUAUAAGAGGUACAUAAUUGUGUAGCCUGUACUGGGGAAAAUGCCAACUCAAGGUUUUGGAAACAUUUAGAAAUCUUUAGACCUUUAGUCUCAUUGCUUAUUAUGAUGUCUCCAGAACCUCUUAAUUUAAUAAUUUUUUAUAUAAAAUAUGAUUUUAAGCAGAGGCUGAUGUCAUACCAUGAAUUAAAAAUAUGAAUGCAUAGUGAUCUGACACUUUACAAUCUAAAGCCCCUGAUUGCUCAGCAACACGUACAUUAUAUUAUUAUGUUAUAUAUAUAUAUAUAUAUAUAUGUAUCUGGAUAUUGUAUCUAAGCUUGUUGGACAUCCCAUUUGAAAACCAUGGGUAUUAAGAAGAAGCAAUACCCCAUAACUCACCAUUUGAAACUAUAACAGCCACUCUGGAAGCAUUAAUGCAAUAUCUUAGAUUGUGAGGUCGGGUGCUCAUGUUGAUGUCAGAUCCCAGCAUUCUAAUUCAUCCAAGAGGUGUUCCAUGGGGCUGAGGUCAUCCACACCAAACCCACCAUGUCUUUAUGUACCCCACUUUGAGCACAUAGAUGGGUCAUGCUGGAACAGGCUCUCCCAAAGCUGUUGUCACAAAGUGGGAAGCAUUAAGUUGUCUUUUUGUAUCUUGUAGCAUAAAGAUAACUGGAACCAAUGGGCCCGGCCCAACCAUGAUCAAACAGGUCCAGACUAUUAUCCUUCCUCUACCAAACUUUAUAGUGGGCAUUAUGUAUUCCAUUAGGUAGUAUUUUCUUGGCAUCCACCACACCCAAAAUCUUUCAUUAGACUUACAGAUAGUGAAGCAUGGUACAUCACUCCAGAGAACACGUUUCCCCUUCUCCAAAGUCCAUCAUGCUUUACUCCACUCGUGCCAAGGCUUGGCAUUGUGCAUGUUGAUGUGAGGCUUGUAUACAGCUUGUCGGCCUUGGAAACCCAUUUAAUGUAGCUCCCAAUGCACAGUCCUUGUGCUGAUGUUGUAUCCAGUUUGUAACUCUCUAGUGAGUGAUGCAGCAGAUGCUUCAGCACUCGGCGCCCCCUCUCUAGGAGUAUGUGUGGCUCGGCUGUUGUUGCUCCUAGGUUCUCCACCUAACAAAAAUAGCACUUACAGUUGACCAGUGCAGAUCUACUAGGGAAGAAAUUUCAUAAACUGACUUGUGCCAAAAGUGGUAUCCUGUGACAGUGCAACAUUCAGCCAUGGAGCUCAUUUGUAUGACCCAGGAGUGUAACUCUCAGUAGUCUAGAGAAGGUCUGAAGAUAAUGUUCCAGUUAGGGUGCACGGACCAGGCUCUACCCACAGCCCAAAUGAUUACCAUAAAAAUUCCCAGCAGAGACCUUUGUCUUGUGAUCCUUUAUUUUAAGGGGCCAAACAAAAAGGUGGAGUUUCAGCCCACCUGGCUUUUGUUAAACAUCGGAGAGAAUCAGGAAGCCCUCCUGGCUUUUUAUGAAUCUGGACAAGUCACCCCAAAAAGUAUUAAAGCAAGUGUGAUUAGUAGUGAGCCAGGGACUGCAUGUGUAUUUAAGUGGGAUCCUCAGUCUGUGCCACACAGACAUGGAUGGCACAACCCUUACAGUUCAAUAAAUAGGGAAAAAAUUGUCUAAUCCUUUAAUGCUAUGCAGAUAACUGUCAUUACAAGAUACCUAUGUGGUAAUUGUUUAGUACUCUGUCCACUAGAUGGGGCUAUCAAAUCUCGUAAAGUUUUAUUUAUAAUGUGGAUUCAAUGUAACUUCGCUUUGUAUAUUUAAAGCCAACCUGUCAUCUAGUUUGUUUGUUGUUUGUUUUUGUAAAAGUUUUUAUAGUAUUUUCAUACAAUAAGUAAUAGAAACAGUGGUGAUUGUUGAAUUAAAAUUGUCAUAUAUAUGAAGAAAGUCGUGUGUGUGUGUGUGUGUGUGUGUGUGUGUGUGUGUGUUUUUAAAAGACUUUCUUUAGACUUGAGAAAGGGAGGUUCUCCCGAAAGCUUGUCAUUAUAAACAAAAUUCUAUUAAUCCAAUAAAAGAAGGAAUUUUAUCUGUUUUUAACAUCUACAUCACUGGACUAAUACGAUCUCUCUCUCUCUCUCAUAAUGUAAUAUUUAUUUUUUUAAAACACCAAAAUAAUGGGGGUUUAGUUACCGUAUAUAAUCAUACAGUGCAUAAGCUCUCUCUCUCUCUUUUUAUAUAUAAAUAUAUAUAUAUAUAUAUAUAUAUAUAUAUAAUCUUUUGCAUAAUGUAAUAUUUAUUUUUUUAAAACACCUCACUUAGGCAAAAUAAUGGGGGUUUAGUUACCUUAUAUAAUCAUACAGUGCAUAAGCCUGCCAUAACAUCAAUGUACCCCAUUCUUGGCAGGUCCUAACCUUGCAACCUAAUGCCUGCUCUUACUAGGUUAAUCCACUUACUGGGGAAAUAGUUUUCCUGGGGUUCUCAGCAGUGCAGGGUUAAAUAGGGCCCUAGAAUGAGGUACAUGUGACAGGGAGUAGUGUAAAACAGGGGUUCCGAUCUAGGAAUACAAUGUAUAUUUAUAUAUGAAAACAAGAGGGCAGCAAUCACCCGAGCAUGCAUACAUUAUAGAUGUGAUGCUGGGGCCAAUUCUAUACAACAAACAAAAGAGCCAGAGAUUGUGACAGACUAGCACCAUACCUUCUGGCAUUACACUGUGCAGGGUAGACGAAAUGCCAUGACUAAGCACCAGAACCAAGGUCUGAAAGAUGAAAACAUUUUGCUUAUCCUUAAAGGGACACUCCUAAAUUCCAAACCAACUUCAUCUAAAUGAAGCAGUUGUGGUGUAUAGAUCAUGCCCCUGCAGUCUCAUUGCUCAAUUCUCUGCAGUUUAGGAGUUAAAUCACUGUUUAUACAGCCCUAAUCACAUCUCCCUGCAUGUGACUUAUGCCACUACCCAUAAUUUUAUUUUGCUACUUUUAUUGUACAGUCUGCUUACAAAAAAUAAAAUAAAAAAUCUCCUGCUCUGUUAAUAGCCUGCUAGAGCCUAAAAUAGCUUCUUCUUAAAGUGUAAUUAACAGAUCAGGAGAUAAAAACUUCCAAAGUAAACACUCUAUGAUGUUUUUCAUGGAGACUGUGUGAGUAACAGCCGGGGGAGCUGUUUUGGUGUUUAAGUACACAAGGCAGGUGGAUAACACAGGUUAUAUAACCUAUCUCACAUGUGAAGCAGAUACAACAGUCAGCACUGCAGGCAUUAACCCCUUGGUUAUUAAUUUAUCAUGAAACAUUCAAUUGCACACUUACUCUUCUGCAUUUCUUCUUUGUUGAUGUUAGUGCUCCAAUCCUCAAUAAUGCUAAUGUCUACUUGGAGAAAUGUGGUACACUUAAAGCUUUCCUUCACAUAUACUCCAUGAGUACAGCAUUUCAGGAGUUAAGUUAAUUUACACAUGGUGCCUGACAUAGUAUGUAAAUUUCAUAAAUUAUAAUGAAUGUUUUAAAAUAACAUUUUAGGUGUCCUAUUACUUACAUGCAGCUUCUUAUCAAGUAUUUGUUUUUAUAUUUAUUUUCAAUCAUUUUAAAUUAAGUAUUUUCAACUGCAUUGUUCAUCCCAACACAAUGAAUGUGUGAGUUCAUGAAUAAAAGUGGUUGAACAAAAUGUAAUUUUAUUUAUUUUUAUUCCUAACGUUUGCAGCCUUGUCAACAGCUGGAGCUGUGAGCCUGUCUUCUUACCUCUUCACAUUAAUCCUCCGAGAACUGCGACUACUGAAAACUAAAGAAAAUUUUGUCUAUUUUGGUGAUAGUUAUAUCUUUGCCAUUUGCUCUGGUUUGAUAUCACUCAUCGCUGCUGCUGUAAGCUUAUAUUGCGCCCGGAGGUAUAGACGGAGAGCAUACAUACUAAUCACCAAUGUAGAAACAGAAGAUGCCUCCAAUCCUCUUUUACAAGGGGAGAAUACCUAAUCGGACAUCUGUGUGUUAAAUAUAUUAAUGGGCUGCUGAACAAAGGACCAAACGUUGGUGUUUUUUUUGUUUUGUUUUUUUAAACUGCAAUUGGUUAAAGGGUUUAGUGAUUUGAAGCCAUUGUAUCUGCAAUCUGUUUCACGAUGAAACACUGCACGUACAGACUUUAACCCCUUUGCUGCAGGAGGUCUAACUCUACCUCCGGCACCAUCAUUGGGGCAUUAUUAGUCCGCUUAGAACCAGAAUGUCAAGCUGGCUAAUGUAAAAUCUGUACAUAUCUCUUUGCACUGAAUUAUCAUUUAUUGCCUGAGAGCAAUCAGAUAGUGCUCUCAGCCAACAAAUGGUCAAUGGGAUCAGCAUCCGUCUCCUGCAGUUUUGUGGAAGCCAGAUGCACAUUACAGGCCUUAGAGGACCCUAUGUGCCCUCCAGGGUUCCUGGUAAGAGGGCAAACCAUUGAUAGACAUUUUGCCCCAUUACCACGAAACAAGGCCUGGAUACUCUUGGCAUUAUAACUACUGUAGCGGGCUGUAGUGGUUAAUAUGCAUGAUGGUAACCCCUUGAAAUUGUUCAAUUAUUAAUAACCUUGGGGUUUAUAUUUUAGAGGGUACCUCUUCAGUAUUACACCUUUCUUUUUGUUGGUUUUACCACUUUGGUACAAUUACAAUACCACUAGCCUUACUUAUCAGAGCUUGACAAACA